AUGGGAGUGGCCGUUAACAGGAUAACAAGUGGCGUCAUAUCCAUGACUUUUCUCUCACUAUACAAGGCCAUUACGAUUGGUGGGGCCUUCUUUCUCUACGCAGGGAUUGGUGCGUUGAGUUGGGUCUUCUUUUAUAUGUUGCUCCCCGAAACCAGGGGAAGAAACCUUGAAGAGACGGAGGUGCUAUUUGGUAAAUAUCACAGGUGGAAAAAAGCGAAUGCCGUGCUCAGGGAGAGCAAGCAAGGCGAUGGCGACGAAAACAAAAGUCAAGUCAACUAG